AUGCCUCCGCGCAAGAGGCCACAGCCCUCUGCGGCCAGUCGAGCGCGACGUCCUUCAGAGGCCGGAAACCAAUCGGCGACUGAUCCCACAAAAAUCAAGCGCUCGUCCCAGUCCAACCCAGUUCCUGAGCCUCACCAGCAUUCCGAGCCCAGAAAAGUUGAACCGGCUUCGAAUUUCAAGGCUAGAGAUCCAUUCGAUGCGCUUUUGGAACCAUUUUACUACAACAAGGGACUCACAGACCCGAUCGACACGGCCAAGGACAAAUGGAACCUGCUGCCAGCGUUCCUCAAGGUCAAAGGACUAGUGAAGCAACACAUUGACUCAUAUAACUACUUCGUGGAGGUGCAAAUGAAGAAGAUUGUCGAGUCGAGUUCAACAAUUCGAAGUGAUGUGGACCACAAUUUCUACAUCAAGUUUACCGAUAUUUACGUUGCCUCGCCUCGACGAGCCGACGAACAAGGCGAUGGCGGAAUCGAUUUCGAAUCUACGAUCACGCCCCAAGAGUGCAGACUACGAGACACUACAUACGCCGCACCCAUUCUCGUUGACUUCGAGUAUGUCCGUGGCCGGCAAAGGGUUAUCCGACGAGCAGUUCCCAUCGGAAGAAUUCCGAUCAUGCUCCGCAGUUCUAAGUGUGUGUUGUCGAAUAAAACGCCUGCUCAGAUGAGCGUCCUCAAUGAAUGUCCCCUUGACCCCGGUGGUUACUUUGUCGUCAAUGGAACAGAAAAGGUCAUUCUUGUACAAGAACAAUUAAGCAAGAACAGAAUUAUCGUCGAAACCGACCCAAAGAAAGAUAUUGUCCAGGCAUCGGUUACCAGUUCCUCCAACGAGCGUAAAUCUAAGAGUUACAUUGUCUCUAAAAAAGGCAGACUCUACGUUAAGCAUAACGUGCUCAAUGAAGACAUCCCGAUCGUCAUUUUGCUCAAGGCUAUGGGAAUCCACACCGACAAGGAAAUGAUGCAGAUGGUUACUGGUGAUGACAGUCUGUAUCAAGAUGAUUUCGCCAUAAAUUUCGAAGAGGCCAUCAAUGUCGAUGUUUACACUCAGCAACAAGCCCUUGAGUGGAUCGGCUGUCGCAUCAAGAUCAACCGCAAACAAGCCGCUUAUCGCAAGACUCACGUGCAAGAGGCAGUCGAGGCCAUUGCAUCUGUCAUUAUUUCUCAUAUCGAGGUCAAAGACAUGAACUUCCGACCCAAGGCUAUCUACGUUGCUCACAUGGCCCGUCGCGUUCUGAUGGCAAAGAGUGACCCGGCCCUAGUGGAUGACCGUGAUUAUCUUGGAAACAAGCGGCUGGAGCUGGCGGGUCAGAUGUUGGCCCUUCUUUUUGAGGAUCUGUUCAAGAAAUUCUGUUUCGAUAUUAAGAUGAACAUCGACAAAGUCCUGAACAAACGCAACCGGGCCGAGCAGUUCGAUGCUUGGACUAUCGUGACUAUGCAUGGAAAUCAUAUCACUCAGGGUAUGAAUCGAGCCAUCUCCACAGGAAACUGGAGCUUAAAGCGUUUCCGUAUGGAGCGUGCGGGUGUCACCCACGUUCUCAGUCGAUUGAGUUACAUUGCAGCUCUCGGUAUGAUGACCCGUAUUAGCAGUCAGUUCGAAAAGACCCGGAAGGUCAGUGGUCCUCGUGCCUUGCAACCGUCCCAGUUCGGAAUGCUGUGCCCUGCAGAUACCCCUGAAGGUGAGGCAUGUGGUUUGGUCAAGAACUUGGCCCUCAUGACGCAUAUCACGACCAACGACGAAGAAGGACCGGUGCGAAACUUGAUAUUCAUGCUCGGUGUCGAAGACAUAUCGAGUGUUGGUGGACAGCAGCUCUACGCUCGGGGUGCUUACACAAUUUCUAUCAACGGUACGCCGACUGGUUUGACCAGACGCCCCAAGUCCUUCCUCAAUGCUUUCCGAAGACUACGCCGUAUGGGCCGGGUUUCGGAAUUCGUCAGCAUUUACAUCAAUCACCACCAGCGAGCGGUUCAUGUCGCGACCGAUGAUGGACGAAUCUGCAGACCGCUUAUCGUUGUGGAGAAUGGCAAAUCUCUUGUCGGCGUUGAGCAUCUCGAGAAGUUGCGCGAUGGAAAAAUGGAGUUCGACGACUUCCUUGCGCAAGGGCUCGUUGAAUACCUUGACGUGAACGAAGAGAACGACUCCUACAUCGCUAUCUACGAGAAGGACAUCUCAAAUACUCACACGCAUCUUGAGAUUGAACCCUUCACAGUCCUUGGAGCUGUUGCUGGCUUGAUCCCAUAUCCCCACCACAACCAGUCCCCCCGUAACACCUACCAAUGUGCCAUGGGUAAGCAAGCUAUUGGGGCCAUUGCUUCCAAUCAGUUCCAGCGAAUUGAUUCCAUUCUUUACCUUAUGGUCUACCCACAAAAGCCAAUGGUCAAAUCACGAACCAUCGAGUUGACAAAGUACGACCAACUACCUGCGGGUCAGAAUGCGACUGUUGCUGUCAUGAGUUAUUCGGGCUACGAUAUUGAGGAUGCUCUGGUCCUGAACAAGGGAUCCGUGGACCGUGGCUUUGGACGUUGCCAGGUCUUCCGCAAGUACGUCACGACGCUCAAGAGUUACCCCAACGGAGCCAAGGAUUCUCUCAAAGGACCGACAUACGAGGAUGGUGUUCCAAUCCGCAAGCAUGCGCUUCUCGAGUCUGAUGGCUUGGCUGCAGUCGGCGAAAUGGUCAAUUCCGGUGAAAGCUACAUCAACAAGGUCACACCCAGAGUACAAAAUUCCUUGGGGAUCACCAGCUCCAACAUUGGCGGGGGAGAUGUCAUCGAAGCAUCCAUGACCUACAAGCUGCCUGAUCCUUCCUACAUCGACAAGGUUCUGGUAUCUGCAACCGAAGGCGAGACCCAACUCAUCAAGGUCCUGACCCGGCAAACUCGUCGCCCCGAGGUCGGCGAUAAGUUCUCUUCUCGUCACGGACAGAAGGGUGUUGUUGGAAUUAUUGCAGACCAGGCGGACAUGCCCUUCUCAGACCAAGGCAUCAAUCCCGACAUUAUCAUGAACCCCCACGGUUUCCCCUCUCGUAUGACAGUCGGAAAGAUGCUGGAGCUAGUCGCUGGUAAAGCAGGUGUGCUGUCCGGCCAACAUGGCUACGGUACUUGUUUCGGCGGUAGUCCCGUCCAAGAAAUGUCCCAGAUCCUGAUUGAAAAAGGUUUCAGCUAUGGUGGCAAGGACUAUCUCACUUCCGGUAUCACCGGUGAGGCUUUGCCUUUCUACGUUUUCACUGGUCCCAUCUACUACCAGAAACUGAAGCACAUGGUUCAAGAUAAGAUGCACUCCCGUGCCAAGGGUCCCACUGCUACUCUUACCCGCCAGCCUACCGAGGGUCGUUCACGUAACGGAGGUUUGCGUCUGGGUGAGAUGGAACGUGAUUGUUUGAUUGCGUACGGUACCAGUCAGCUGCUGCUGGAGCGUCUGAUGAUUUCGUCUGAUCGCCACGAGGUGGAUGUGUGCGAGCAGUGUGGUUUCAUGGGCUAUCUGAACUGGUGUCCUGGGUGCAAGUCGUCUCGUUCCGUUGUGAAGAUGGUUAUUCCCUAUGCUGCUAAACUUCUCAUUCAAGAACUGAUGAGUAUGAAUGUUACGGCUCGUUUGAAGCUUGAUGAUGAGUUCCCUGAGAUGAAGGGACGUUAA